AGGGUCAAGGUAGAGUGUUCAGAGGGUCCUAGUUACCGUCUUCAAGGCCAUAUCCAGCAUGCACAGCUAGCCACUGCUUCGACAAAAUUCGACACAAAAAUGACUGUACCUCCCCCACCCGUAUGAGUGACGCCUAUCGCGGAUUUCGAUAGCUUCGCCUGCGUGCAGACAUCUUUAACGAAGGACACCUGUACGUCCUGUCGAGGGCGACUGGCUGUUCUAUCGCUUAGGUCGCGGCGGGUCGCUCUCAAUCAGAGCCUCUCGUCGGAGAUGCGAAAAUCCACAUGACUGACCUCUACGAUCAGCUAAGAUCGAAAUUCUGCCCGCCACUCUACGAAGCUCUGGCCGCGGCUAUAUGCAGUGAUUCGGAUCAAACACUGCAAUCUGCAACCGAGGUCCUAAACACACUGGCCGAGGAGGCCAGACGGCAGCCACAAUCAUACUUGCACUCAUCACUUCCAGCGCCAGAUAGACAAGGUUAUUCAUCAGAUUCGAGUGCAGCUAAUAUUACGCCCACUGAGCAUCACCUCACGCCCGAUUCACCGAAUACCUGCGCAAAAGGCCACCAUCGCCAAAGAAGAGGCAAGGCGGCCUUGUCGGACAAGCUUAAGGUCGCUGCACAACCGCCGCGGGAAGUCAAGGACGCGUCAAAUACACCAAAAGAGACUGUUUCAUUGCACUUGGCAUCCGAGGAAUCGAGUGCAUCCGAACUUUGUGUCAAGCAGGUGCUAGACGAAUGGGCCCGCCAGCAGUCGCAAGGGCGUUCAGCGCAAGGUCGCGACGCCCAUUCGCAUCUCGACAAUGAGCUUUUGAACCUGACCGAUGAGGAAGAAGAUGUUGGAAAGCCAGCCAAGGCAGACCCGUCCGAUUUGGUGGUCUCUGGCUUGGAUGAAGACGUGGCGCCGCUGACAUUCCUUCAACAUGCAUUCCCAGCACGAACGCCAGAGUUCCUCACCGGGAUCCUCUUCGGCGAUUGCGAUGGCAACAUCUCUCUUGCACUUGACACGCUUAUAACCAUCGACCUGGCAGAAGCCGAGGAGGCUGAAUUCGCAUCCUCUGCCACUAUACUCAGCAGAUCCGAAUUGCAUCUAAAUGUGGCGGCAGGGACGGGGAGCAGUAUUUUGUCCUCGUCCAUUGGCGACCUCAGUGACCUGACUGGCUCCACGAGGGCGGAAGACGUGCAGGAUGGCGGGCUGAAAGACGAUGUCCUCCAGUUUGGAGACGAGAAGGCAUCACUCAAAGGCAAAAAGAGCAAAGCGGCUCGAAAGAGACUGCAGGAAGACCAGAGAAGGCUCAAAGCGGGGCUGCCGGCACUUGGACGUGGCAUUGGCGCGACACCUGCCAUGACAAAUGUCUCUGUUAAGAAUCAUGGUGGUGGUCAUGCCGGUGGGCAACACGCAGCAUCUAGACGCGCACAGCAAGUCAAGAUCAACCUUACUGACGUGCGCCACGGCGGGGCAGUCAAAGACCAGCGCUUCAAAAAAGUGUCAAGUAACAGCACAUCCUCCCCGCUGGUCAAUGGACGUCAAUCAAAAUUUGCAAUCAAUGGAGGCGUUGCUGAAGGAGAGAGAGGUGACGAGGCGCUCUUCGGCGAGACGGACGAAGAGUAUGCGCGAAGGCUGGCGCAGAUCGAGCGCGAACGCACACGCGAUCCAGACGAUGACAAGGCAGUGAACGACAACCGGUGGCUCCUUGCAUCUUCUGUCCUUGCGCAGCUGUCAACCUUGCUCAACAUGGACAUGUCCAAGGUCACGGCAGCGUACAACAGCGCAGAUUUCAACCUUGUACACGCUUUCAAUCGCCUCGUGCACGCCACCGCUGAGCAGAACGCGCCGCUCGGCCUCGCGAGCCUGGAUGCUGCCCCUCCCUCCAAGGGAGCCCCGGUCGAGGCGGCGAAUCAUUCCAUCUCAAUCGCAGAGGGCAUCGCGACCUUGACGGGGACGUCGUUCGCACAUGCUUCCAAAGCAUUCUGCGCGACCAAAGGUAGGCAGGACGCGGCGAUCGAUCUGAUCCAGCUGCAGGCUGUCGUCCAGAGUGCAAUGCUGGACAACUCUUCUUCGCUGCUGGACGUGAUGGACCCGCUUGGCAGGCUCACUAUCAGAAGUGAUGCCUCCUCUGGCGUCACUGGUUACACGGCUGUCGCUGCGUCGAGCGAAGGGCGCUUCUCGCGCGGCGAGCAAUAUUACCUCAAGCCAGGCGAGAGCGGUGCAGGUGGACACGCUGCAUGGAGCGGAGGAUCAGGAUCAGGCUACGCAGGCGCCGCGAGUCGGCCGCUUUCGGUGCGACAGCGAGCUGCCGCGCAGGCUGCUGCGAAACUUGCCAGCGAUGCCGUCGUCCUACCCGCCUCCGCCGCGCGCGUGUGCACCGCAGCGGAGGAGGAAGCCGAAUGGCGUCUGGCGUCCUCGAGGGCUGGCAAGAGCUCGAAUGCGGGCACUGGCUUAGCGUACAGUGAUUCCCGGCUCAUGGCCAACGAGUAUCGCGCGCGCCGCGCAGAGGCACUGCGGAGCGCCGCUGCUGCGUGGCGAUCCGGCAUCGGCGCGCAGGCGCGGAGCGGUGUGGCGUGGUACUAUGCAGACGAAGCGCGGCGCCUUGAUGCGAAAGCGCGCGCAUGGAGCAUGCGCGCAGCUCAGGCGCUUGUAGAGGAGCGGCGCGCCCACCGCCUCGGUGUGGAGUCUGGCCGCCAUCGAUCAGCAGCAGAUGCAGAUGGAGGAUUCGCGGCGGGGCGUGCAAGGGACAACACGAUCGAUCUGCACGACUUGACGGUGCAUGAAGCGCUCAGCGUGACCAAGGAAUGCGUUAACGAGUGGUACUCGCGCCCUUCGCAUGUCAGCUCAGGCUUGGCAUACCUCGGUCCGCUGCACGUCAUCACGGGCGUGGGACGGCACUCGCCGCGGAAUAUCGCGGUUAUCAAACCUGCCGUGAUCAAGAUGCUCGACAGAGAAGGGUGGAAGUACGACGUGGAUCAUCAUAGAGGUGUCAUCACCGUUCGUGGGGUCAAGUGAGAGGUAAAUGAGUAUGCUUUGGAAUGGCCACGGCCGGCUUUUUAUUGCACGCCCAAGUUAUAAUCACAUUAAUUGUAAUACGCAUGCAUACACUCAUACCCAUUCACCAGGAAUCCUU